CUGACCAUGCAUACGUCUGCUUAGGUUUUAAAAUUCGUUCGUCCCUUGAUAUAAUGUACGUGGCAUAUGAGUUCUGCUGGAAUAGAAAAAAAAACUGAAGACUCUAGAAACCUUGCAGCGUGUGGCUCAAAUUAUGAUGGAGACAGAGUAUUCCAAGAGAGUGUACCAAGGAGUGAGAGUCAAGCAUACUGUAAAAGACCUUCUUGCAGAAAAGCGAUUAAGACAAACAAAUGCACCCAGAUUCAGUCCGAGCACCAGUUCUUCUCAGCCAGCUUUUGUACCAGUGCCGGGGUCUCAUAUGCUUCCUAGUUACUACAGUAUGAGAAGAUCUUUCAUCCCAGAUUCAGAGCUCUGCCAUCCCAUGAAGCAGUACUCUCCAGACACUUACUCUUCAGCGCUGGGAAGCAAGGCCUUCUCGUAUGACCACCCCUCCAGUUACUCUGCUUUCAUUGACAGCUACUACACUCCUGAUUCUUAUGGAGAUUACAGAGUGCCAGCAUCAUAUGCCACAAGUGGAGGGUCACUGUUUCCACCAUCUACACUACCAGCACUACUGCCAUCUCUGUCUGGAGAGUCAUCGUCCCACUUGCUCUUGAGAGACCCCUGGGAUCAGCCAUCUGAGGACCCAGUCAGUCAGCCAGAAGUCAUAUGUCCUGAGGGUCCAGCCCCCGUGGCAGACUCACCAUCCCUCGGAGGGCCUGACUCUGGGGGUUCCUCUCCAUACCGUCUAUCUUCGGGGCGCAGUGGGAGCUCCAUAUCAUCUAGCACACAGCCUUACACUCUACAUCCUCUGGAAGAUGUUCCCUACCCAGCAGCCUCCUACACCUCAGCCUCCAGCUAUACCUGCCUACCGUACAUGACAACACCUGCAGAUCUGGCUGUGGUGAAGAUGACAUCUGUCACCUCAGAGGAAGCUAGUGGUGGAGUGGUAUCUCUCAGUGACACUACAUCCUGGGCUAAAGAUGAUGGAACUGGUUCCUGGUUGUCUUAUGAGACCAGGAGGGUUUUUUAAGAGGCUUGAAUGUCAAAAUUGAGGUUUUGAAGAUACUUGGACUAUGGACUGUUCGGACAGUUGUGAUUACACAGCCUCUCUGUCCUUUCAGGGAGACUAUAGCCAUGAAUAAUAUAGUGGUGUGUGUGGGUGUGUGUCUCAGUGUGUGUGAAUACAUUUGUUUAUCAUGAUACAGAUGACCACCUUAAGAAAAACUGUCACUUUUUUAUUUUAAACUCAUCAUAUUCCAUCAAGAUUCAACAAAGAUACAUGCAGAUAUUCCAAUUCAUUCUGGCUUUAUACUGCAUAUUGCAUGUCCUGACAAUUUAGAAUGAAUUGAAAGCAAUUCUCUCUUAUUUCUGUCUUUCCUUCAUUUCCAAUAACUUGUAUGAAACAUCUUAUAUUUUGACUGGGCACAAAUAAAACUCGCUAAUAGCACCACAGAACACUUGCAGUAGGUAAGGAUUGUUAAAGUGAUAGUUCACCCAAAAAUGUAAAUUCUCGUAUCAUUUACUCUCCCUCAUGCCAUCCCAAAUGUGUGUGAAUUUCUUUCUUCUGCAGAACACAAACAAAGAUUUUUAGAACAAGAGCUCAGCUCUGUUGGUCCAUUCAAUUCAAAUUAAUAGAAUCCAGAACUUUGAUGGUCCAAAAAGCCCAUAAGGCAGCAUAAAAGUAAUCCAUACUACUCUAGUGGUUAAAUACAUGUCUCUAAAAGUGACAUGAUUGGUGUGGGUAAGAAACAGAUCAAAAUUUAAGUCCUUUUUCUUUACUAUAAAUCUCUACUUUCACAUUCUUCUUCUUUUGUUUUUGGCGAUUUGCAUUCAUCGUGCAUAUCGCCACCUACUGGGCAGGGAGGAGAAUUUAUAGUAAAAAAGGGACUUACAUAUUGAUCUGUUUCUCACCCACACCUAUAAUAUCACUUCUGAAGACAUGGAUUUAAAGGAAUAGUUCACCCAAAAAUAAUAAUUCUAUCAUCGUUUAUGCGCCCUUAGACCAUCCCAGAUGUGUAUGACUUUCUUCUGCAGAACACAAAUGAAGAUUUUUAGAAGAAUAUCUCAGCUCUGUUGGUCCUCACAAUGCAAGUGAAAGGUGACCAGAACUCAGAAGGUCCAAAAGGCACAUAAAGGGAGCAUAAAAGUAAUCCAUAUGACUCCAGUGGUUAAAUCCAUAACUUCUGAAGCAAUAUGAUGGGUGAGGGUGAGAAACAGAUCAAUUAAAUAUUAAUAUUAAAGUCCUUUUUUCAUUCAGUCUCUACCUUUGACCAGCCCCAACCAGUAGGUGGCUGAAUGUGAAAGUGAAAGCCACUUCCACACCAGAAUGUCCAUUUUGGACCUUCAAAGUUCUGGUCACCAUUCACUUGCAUUGUAUGGACCUACAGAGCAAAUAUAUUCUUUUAAAAUCUUUUUGCAGAAGAAAGAAAGUCAUACACAUCUGGGAUGGUAUGAGGGUGAGUAAAUGAUGACAGAAGUUUCAUUUUUGGUGAACUAUCCCUUAAACUACUGGAGUAGUAUGGAUUGCUUUUAUGCUGCCUUUGUGAGCUUUUUGGAGCUUCAAAGUUCUGGCCACCAUUCACUUGCAUUGAAUGGACCUACAGAGCUGAAAUAUUCUCCUAAAUGUUUUUGUUUGUGUUCAGCAGAAGAAAGAAAGUCAUACACAUCUGGGAUAGUAUGAGGGCGAGUAAAUAAUGACAGAAAUUUCAUUACAAAUGAUGCCUUGUAAAUUGCAUUUUUUCCUAACUAACAAGCAUCUGGGAUAGCAUGAGGGCGAGUAAAUAAUGACAGAAAUUUCAUUACAAAUGAUGCCUUGUAAAUUGCAUUUUUUCCUAACUAACAAGCAUGUUACAGUGUAGUCUUUUGUCAGGAAUGCCAAUAUAAUUUUGUUGUUGUUGUUGUUGUUGUUUUGUUUUGUUUUUGUUUUUGUUUUUACAAAUAAACAUGU